UUGAUAAUUCUAGGACCCAAGUAUCCGGGGAAGAAUAUAAGUGUGUACAUGCAACCACUGAUAGAUGAGUUGAAAGAAGUUUGGGUGAACGGGAUACGGACAUACGACGCUGCUAGCAAAAAGAAAUUCACAAUGCAUGUUUGGUACCAGUACUCACUUCAUGACUUACCGGCGUAUUCACUUUUCAUGGGGUGGUCUGUGCAUGGGAGGUUCCCAUGCCCAAGGUGCAAGGCAUCCAUGAAGUGCCGUUGGUUGUAGCAUGGUCGCAAGUAUUCUUGCUUCGAUUUUCAUAGACAACAUUUGCGUCCUGACCAUCCAUUCAGACAAGACAAGAAGAACUUCAUGAAAGGUGAAGUCGUUGAACACUCGGCACCACCUGAGAUGACGGGUGAACAAAUUCGUGAUCAACUAAAUGCUCUCCAGCCUGAUCCCAAUUGUCUAGGGUAUUUCUUGGGAUAUAACGAAGAACACGCGUGGACUCAUAAGCCAUGCUUAUGGGAUCUCCCCUACUUCCACCAGCUUGAGCUUCCACAUAAUAUUGAUGUAAUGCACACUGAAAAGAAUAUCGCCGAGGCCAUUUUUGGCACAUUGUUCAACAUUGCUGAGAAGACGAAGGAUAAUACUAAGGCUAGACUUGAUGUAAUGAAGCUAUGUGAUAGACCCGAACAAAACUUGCGACAACCCGAGGGCAAGAAAAACUGGAGGACACCAAAGGCGAGGUUUGUUCUUACUAGGGAACAAAAGAAGGAGAUACUCAUGUGGUUCAAAACUUUGUUGUUCCCUGAUGGGUAUGCAGCGAACCUUAUGAGGGCAGUGAAUCUUGAUAAAUUGAAGCUCAACGGGAUGAAGAGUCAUGAUUGGCACAUAUGGCUUGAGCGGUUAAUGCCGGUGAUGAUUCGAGGCUAUAUCCCUGAGGAUGAUUGGGAAAUAUUGGCAGAGCUUAGCUAUUUCUUCCAUGUUCUUUGUGCUAAAGAAGUAUCUCCUACUGUGAUAGAUGAGAUGGAAGAACGGGCCCCCGAGUUGCUCUGCAAGCUAGAGAAGAUCUUUCCACCAGGAUUCUUUAAUCCCAUGGAACAUAUGAUUUUACACCUCCCUUCCGAGGCAAGAAUGGGUGGCCCUGUGCAGAAUAGUUGGUGCUAUGGAGUUGAGAGAAUGCAGAAGACUCUUCAAGCUAAAUGUAGAAAUAAAUGUAGAAUUGAAGCCUCCAUAGCCGAGGCAUUCUUGGCGGAGGAGAUUACAAACUUCACGACAUCACGCUAUGCGGCCAAUAUUCCAAGCUUGCAUAAUGCAAAGUCUCGAUACAAUACUGGCGACCCUAAACAUGAAUCCAAGCUCGGCCUCUUCAAAGGGCAACUCGGACCUGUGGGUGCUUCUGGUUCAAAGAAUUUGGAUCCGAAAGAGUGGAAAUCUCUUACGUUGUAUAUCCUCACCAACCUUCAAGAAGUGCGGUCGUACAUUGAGUAAGUGUUGGUACAUUAUGUAACAUUUACUCACAUGUUUCUCUCUUAAGUCCGCUCAUUUCUCAUUGGGCAGUGAAUUCAUUGCCCAAUUCUCGAAUGGAGGGGUCGAACGUGAUUCACUCGAAGAGUAUGAGCUUCUUGCUAGUGAAGGAGAUGACAAUUAUGGUUCAUUUCUUGGUUCAGAGAAAAGGGUACGUCAAUAUUGGACAAAGAGUUGAAACAAGUUGCUAAUGGGUUUGACUAUAAGGUCGGUACAUUUGAUAAAUACGACAUCAAUGGGUAUCGCUUCCGCACACAUGGGAACGAGGAACGUCGGGACGUUCUAAAA